GAACCGGCUGAAAUUGAUCCAGAGUUUGCUCCGAUGGCAGAAAACCCUUGACGAUCAAAAGAAAGCCGUCUUCUUCCUCAGACAGAGUCUCUUCCAUCUUUAAUCGGAGAAACAUUUGAAAUCUCUUCAGAUCACCGGAAGUUCUGUGAGCUUUCUCUCGCGUUUCUUCUCUCCGACCAAUCCAAGUGUGAAGGUUGGCGGAGUAUUGCCGCCUAUUUCUUAUCUCAAUUGGUGUUCUUCAUUUGCUAGUCAUGGAAUCCAAUCCCCUUGUAAAACCCUAAUUUUUGCAUCUAUGAACUGCCGAGCAAUGAGAUUUGAUUUCUCAUCCGCUUCGCAUUUACUAUGAAACCACAGAUGUUCUUUCGAUCAGUCAUUCAGUUCUAUUCAAAGCCGUCAUGGAUGCAACGUUCCUACUCUUCCGGUAACGCCGAAUUCAAUAUCUCCGGCGAGGUCAUCAGCAUUUUAGCUAAGAAGAAACCUAUAGAGCCUGCUUUAGAGCCGCUUGUUCCGUUUCUCUCGAAGAAUAUCAUCACAUCGGUAAUCAAAGAGGAGGUCAAUCGGCAAUUAGGAUUCCGUUUUUUUAUAUGGGCGUCGAGAAGAGAGCGUCUCAGGAGCGGAGAGUCUUUUGGUUUGGUCAUCGAUAUGCUCUCUGAAGAUAAUGGGUGCGAUCUGUACUGGCAGACAUUGGAGGAGCUUAAAUCUGGAGGUAUCUCUGUCGAUUCUUAUUGCUUCUGUGUUCUGAUCUCGGCUUAUGCUAAGAUGGGUAUGGCGGAGAAAGCAGUGGAAUCGUUUGGAAGGAUGAAGGAGUUUGACUGCAGACCCGAUGUGUUCACCUACAACGUGAUAUUGCGAGUCAUGAUGCGAGAAGAUGUCUUCUUUAUGUUGGCUUUUGCUGUGUACAAUGAAAUGCUCAAGUGUAAUUGUUCCCCAAAUCUAUACACGUUUGGUAUCUUGAUGGAUGGAUUGUAUAAGAAAGGGAGAACUAGUGAUGCACAGAAGAUGUUCGACGAUAUGACCGGUAGAGGAAUUUCGCCUAACAGAGUUACCUAUACUAUUCUCAUUUCAGGUUUGUGUCAGAGGGGGAGUGCUGAAGAUGCACGAAAGCUAUUCUACGAGAUGAAAGCGAGUGGUAACUAUCCUGAUUCCGUCGCACACAAUGCUUUGCUUGAUGGGUUUUGUAAAUUAGGUCGGAUGGUUGAAGCAUUUGAGCUGUUGCGGCUUUUUGAGAAAGAUGGUUUUGUGCUUGGUCUUCGAGGUCAUAGCAGUCUAAUCGAUGGAUUGUUCAGAGCUAGGAGAUACACUCAGGCAUUUGAGCUGUAUGCAAAUAUGCUGAAGAAGAAUAUUAAACCUGACAUCAUUUUGUACACGAUAUUGAUUCAAGGGUUAUCUAAAGCCGGUAAGAUUGAGGAUGCAGUGAAGCUGUUACGCAGCAUGCCAAGUAAGGGCAUUACCCCAGAUACCUACUGCUACAAUGCUGUUAUAAAGGCUCUAUGUGGGAGGGGACUUUUGGAAGAGGGUCGGUCCCUCCAACUCGAGAUGUCAGAAACGGAAUCCUUCCCUGAUGCGUGCACACACACAAUUCUUAUUUGUAGCAUGUGCAGGAAUGGGCUGGUUAGGAAAGCCGAAGAAAUUUUUUUGGAGAUUGAGAAGAGUGGUUGUUCUCCUUCGGUUGCUACUUUUAAUGCUUUAAUCGAUGGACUGUGCAAGUCCGGUGAGCUCAAGGAAGCCAGGUUAUUGUUGCAUAAAAUGGAGGUCGGGAGACCUGCUUCUUUGUUUCUAAGGCUUGCGCACAGUGGAAACCGGAGUUUUGACACCAUGGUUCAAUCCGGUUCGAUUCUCAAGGCAUACAAAGAUCUUGCACAUUUUGCUGAUACCGGGAAUUCGCCAGACAUUGUUUCUUACAAUGUUCUUAUAAACGGGUUCUGCAGAGAGGGAGACAUUGACGGUGCUCUCAAGCUUCUCAAUGUGCUUCAACUAAAGGGUUUAUCCCCUGACAGUGUCACUUACAACACUCUCAUCAACGGACUUCAUAGAGUUGGCAGAGAAGAAGAAGCUUUUAAACUCUUUUAUGCUAAAGAUGAUUUUAGACACAGUCCUGCGGUUUACAGAUCGCUCAUGACAUGGUCAUGUCGGAGAAGAAAGCUCUUGGUGGCUUUUAAUCUAUGGAUGAAAUACCUAAAGAAGAUAUCUUGUCUGGAUGAUGAAACAGCUAAUGAGAUUGAACAAUGUUUCAAGGAAGGGGAAACCGAGAGAGCUUUAAGACGACUUAUUGAAUUGGAUACCAGAAAAGACGAGUUAACUUUAGGGCCUUACACGAUAUGGCUGAUCGGGUUAUGCCAAUCAGGGAGAUUUCACGAGGCCUUGAUGGUGUUUUCGGUUUUAAGGGAGAAGAAGAUCCUUGUCACACCUCCGAGUUGUGUCAAACUGAUUCAUGGACUCUGCAAAAGAGAACAACUUGAUGCAGCAAUAGAUGUGUUUUUAUACACUCUUGAUAACAACUUCAAGCUGAUGCCUAGAGUUUGCAACUACCUCCUAAGCUCCCUCCUCCAAUCAAGAGAAAAAAUGGAGAUUGUUUCUCAACUUACAAACAGAAUGGAACGUGCAGGGUACGAUGUUGACUCGAUGCUUCGAUUCAACCUUUUGAAACAUCAUAGAUAUAGAAAGCAGGAUCUCUGGAAACCAGAAGCUCUUGAGGAAAUGGAAGAAGGAAAAAAUAUGAGUUCCGAAUCAAUGGCCUUCUCUUCUCUCCUCAGAUCUGCCGCCGCCUCCACGGUUGCCGCUCCUCGCCCUGACUUUUUCUCGUCGCCGGCGUCUGAUCAUUCUAAGGUGUCCUCAAGUCUUGGAUUUAGUCGCAACCUGAAACCAUCGAGAUUUUCUUCUGGGAUAUCUUCGUCUAUACAAAAAGGCAAUGCAAGAAGUGUGCAACCCAUCAAGGCCACGGCUACAGAAGUGCCAUCUGCAGUUCGAAGGUCAAGUAGCAGUGGAAAGACAAAGGUUGGGAUCAACGGUUUUGGUCGGAUUGGAAGGUUGGUCCUCCGCAUUGCAACAUCCAGGGAUGAUAUUGAUGUUGUAGCAGUGAAUGACCCAUUCAUUGAUGCCAAGUACAUGGCUUACAUGUUGAAGUAUGAUUCUACUCAUGGAAAUUUCAAGGGAAGCAUUAAUGUCAUUGAUGAUUCUACUUUGGAGAUCAAUGGGAAGAAGGUCAAUGUUGUCAGCAAGAGAGAUCCAGCUGAGAUCCCAUGGGCUGAUCUUGGAGCUGAUUAUGUUGUUGAGUCUUCCGGUGUAUUCACCACCCUGUCAAAGGCUGCAUCCCAUUUGAAGGGCGGUGCCAAGAAAGUUAUAAUUUCUGCCCCUUCAGCUGACGCACCUAUGUUUGUUGUUGGAGUAAAUGAGAAGACAUACCAACCAAACAUGGAUAUAGUCUCCAAUGCAAGUUGUACCACCAAUUGUCUUGCCCCUCUUGCGAAGGUGGUGCAUGAGGAAUUUGGUAUUCUUGAAGGCUUGAUGACAACUGUCCACGCAACUACAGCUACUCAGAAAACUGUUGAUGGGCCAUCAAUGAAGGACUGGAGAGGAGGUCGGGGCGCUAGUCAAAACAUCAUUCCUAGCUCAACCGGUGCCGCGAAGGCUGUAGGUAAAGUUCUUCCAGAACUGAAUGGGAAACUUACGGGAAUGGCCUUCCGUGUACCAACAUCGAAUGUUUCUGUGGUGGAUUUAACUUGUCGACUUGAGAAGGGUGCCUCUUAUGAAGAUGUUAAAGCAGCCAUUAAGUAUGCCUCAGAAGGACCUCUUAAAGGCAUUCUCGGGUACACAGAUGAAGAUGUCGUCUCCAACGAUUUCGUCGGUGAUUCAAGGUCCAGUAUCUUUGACGCCAAUGCUGGGAUUGGAUUGAGCAAGUCCUUUGUGAAACUUGUCUCUUGGUACGACAACGAAUGGGGUUACAGCAACCGAGUUCUUGACCUUAUAGAGCACAUGGCUUUGGUAGCAGCCAGCCACUAAAUACACACCAGUUCUUGCAGAAGCUUGAGACUUUCUGCUUUUUGCGUAACCUGCUCUACAAAGCCGGUUUGGAUUUGUUCGGUUCAAUUAGGUGCUAGGUGUUUUGGGAAAUUUGGUUUGUUUGAAUCACGAGCCUAUCUUCUAUUUUUGUUUUGUUCCAGUAUGAGCAACUAUGGAAAACUAGAUUGGGUCCAAAAGACUAAAAACUGUGCGACUUU